AUGGCUCAUGUGUUGGCUUAUGCCUGUUUUACUCAAGAUACUUUCACCACAACAAAAAAGAAAAAUUCAAUAUGCAACAAGGCAAGUCUUCUUUACUUAAAGUGGGAUAAUGAUGAUGAAAAGAGGUGA